GCAGCGACUGUCAGGAGAUAGCUGGGUGGCAGGGACAGGGGGAAAAGGGGCUUUUCUCUGUGGCCACCUGGAAAAAGCCAUGUUAAGAUCAGUGGCUUGUCAAGACAGAAAUAAUUCCAUUUAAUAACCCAGUCAUCCAAACUUGCAACACAGCAUUAUUCUGGAGAAAGAGAAGAUUGAUAAGUGAAAUCCAAGAAGAAGAAGAAGAAGAAGAAGAAGAAGAAGGCACUGGAGUGAAAGAGGAUAAAGUUAUAAAGUGUGAAGAAGUUCGCUCAUGGACAAAUCUCCAAACCAGCUCCAAAAGAAGAAACCCCCACAAGUUCAGCACCAAGGAUAUCUCCAAUCAGUUUUAAUGUCAGGUGAAGGUGAGGUCAGACUGACGGAGCUUGUAUCUUUAGCCAGGUAACAGACUAACUUUACUUUCAGAUCGGUGCGUCAUUGGGCUGCGGUGAGGCAUGAGUGGAGGUCGCUUUGAGUUUGACGACGGCGGAGCUUAUUGCGGAGGCUGGGAGGGAGGCAAAGCCCACGGCCAUGGCAUCUGCACCGGACCCAAGGGCCAGGGAGAGUUCUCCGGCUCCUGGAACUACGGCUUCGAGGUGGUGGGAGUCUACACCUGGCCCAGUGGGAACACCUACGAGGGCUACUGGUCGCAGGGCAAGCGUCACGGCCUGGGAGUAGAAACCAAAGGACACUGGAUUUACAAAGGGGAAUGGACUCAUGGCUUCAAAGGGAGAUAUGGCAUCCGGAUCAGUGUUGGCAGUGGAGCAAAAUAUGAAGGAACAUGGAAUAAUGGGCUUCAGGAUGGAUAUGGAACAGAAACAUAUGCUGAUGGAGGUACUUUCCAGGGUCAGUUCACAGGCGGGAUGCGGCAUGGCUAUGGGGUCCGGCAGAGCGUCCCUUAUGGCAUGGCAGCAGUCGUCCGCUCCCCUCUUCGUACCUCCUUGACCUCCCUUCGCAGUGAGCAUAGCAACGGCACUGUCUUGCAGCAAGACAUCCCCAUCAUCACCACCACCAAUGCCUCGGGUGAGGAGACGCCCGUCGCCACCCCUACCCAGUUGGGACCGUCCCGCGGAGGCUUCGCCCUCACUCUCCAGGUGGACCCAGAGGCAGUGAAACCCAAGAAGAAGGGCCUGUUUCGCAGGGGCUCCCUGCUGGGUAAGCUGAAGAAGUCCGACUCGAGCACCUCGCUGUCCAGCCAGAAGAGCAAGAUCAGCUUCCUGAGGACAGAAUCGGCUCUGAGCUCCAACGCCAGCGACACCAACUCCACCAUCAGCAUUGGGGACGAGAGCCUGGCCGGAGCCGAGGAUUUCCCCCCGGUGGAGGCCGACAUUGAUGCCACCACCACAGAGGUCUACAUGGGCGAGUGGAAGAACGACAAGCGCUCGGGAUAUGGAAUAAGUGAAAGGUCCAGCGGGCUGAAGUACGAGGGCGAGUGGCUGAACAACCAGAGACACGGCUACGGUUGCACCACCUUCGCCGAGGGAGGGAAGGAGGAGGGCAAGUACAUGAACAACAUGCUGGUGAAGGCCAUGAAGAAGAGGAUGAUCCAGCUGAAGGGAACCAAGAUCAGGCAGAAGGUGGAGCGGGCAGUGGAGGGCGCUCAGAGGGGUGCAGCCAUCGGCAAGCAGAAGGCAGAGAUCGCUGCUUCCAGGACGACCCAUUCAAAGGCCAAGUCAGAGGCAGCUGACCAGGCCUCUCAUGCCUCCAACAGUGAGUCCAGCAUCGCCAGACUGGUGGCCAAAGAGCUCUCCCCGUCCUUCUACCAGCCAGGUCCUGAGUAUCUGAAGAAGAGAGUGUUACUGGAGGCCGUGGAGGGAAGUGAGAAUGCAGAGACGGUCAUGCACGAGCCGCUUCUAGCCGAGGAGGAGCCCCUGCCCACGCCACCCGAAAGCCCACUCAUGAAUGAACUGGACAGCCUCAUGCCUGGCUCGUCCCCAGGCCGCACCCCCUCCCCCAGCCCAGGCAUCAUCAUCAAGGAAGACCCCAAACUCCUCAGACCAGGAAGCUGGAACGAAGACAAAACCAUCAAAGGUGGUGGCAGUAAGGCGAGCAAUAAACCCAACAGCAAGCCCAGUAGUCGCCCUACUACCCCGUCGACCUCCGUUUCUGCUCCCGCUCCCGCCUCAGCUCCACCUGCACCUGAGGGCGUAGGGGCCCCCGGCAGCCGUGGUCCCUCUCGCACCCCCAGCCGUCAGAGCAGCAAGAACGAGCAGGGCUCUGACCUGGAGAUCAAGCCCCUGCAGAAGUUUGACUCAGAGGUGAAAGCUCCAGAUGUCACUGCUGCACCUGUCGCCCCUGUAAGGAAUAGCCUCAUCCGUCCAGAUGAAGAAGAAGCGCCGCCCCGCGCCUCCAAAGUGUCCGCCAAAGCUGUCACCCCCGAGCCCAAAACCACCGAGGUCAAAACUGAAAGGGCUCCGUCAGUCCACGAACGAGCGCCGUCUGUCUCCGAGAACCAAGUGGAGUCCAGGGAGGUGAGCAGGCCGCCCAGCAAAGCAGAGACAAAGCCAUUACCAAAACGGCAACCCAGCCCAGCUCCGUCCCCAAGACCUCCACCCAGUCCUGAACCUAAACCAGUCCCAAAGCAAGUGGAAGCCAAACCCAUUGUUGCCAAACCAGACCCGAAGGUAGAGCCCAAAGCAGAAGCCAGACUGAAGGCCAUGGUGUCGAGCCCAAGUCAUGAGGUGAAUGCAGAGUCUUUGGAAAUGGAGGGCCCAAACACCAUUAUGAUCUGCAUGGUCAUCCUGCUCAACAUUGGCCUGGCCAUUCUCUUCGUACACAUUUUGUCAUGAGACAUCGUCCACCACCUCAGGUCACCAGCAGGGUUGGAGAGAGACGGCCUGCCUCCUCCUCUGUUAGGACAAGAGAUCAAAGAUGGCUGCAGAGGAGAAAGAGACGCCUCACGCAGACCGCCGCAGCUCCUCUACAGGUUUUUUCGUCGGUGUGACUGUGUGAAGCUCUGUGAAGCUCCUCUUUCCGGAUGUUCAACAAGCUGAAGGAUAUGAACCAGAUUCAGUACAACCGAAUAUGCUGAUGUUUGUAUGUUAAAGUCGGGGCUGGACGGUAGAGUAAUGUCCUCAGUGCUUAAUAACGCUGGAGAAGCAGCGCUCAAGAAGUCUCAAUUCAACUUCAUCACAGUGUGUCACAAGUGUGUGUCAACAUUUUUUCAAAAAAAAAAAAAAAAAAAGUCUGAUUAGACUCAGUAGAUAAUUACACUUUGUCACAAGAUGUGUUUGUAUUACGAAGGAGUGUUGAUAACAGACUGACUAUUAUUUCCACUAUGCCUUAAACUUGAUUGAUGAGACACAAAUUCAACUGCAGCAGACGUGUGAAAGAUGUGCAACUGUUACUAUCAUCUUUUUUGAAUUAUCUGAAUUGUCCAACGUGUGGUUAAAAAGCUGAAGGAGAUUCAUUAAGUAGGAGUCUGAAACUGUUGAAAUACUGCAAACUGUAAUCCAACGCUACUGUAAAGUCAGUUUAUUGUUUUCACCUUUGGUCUCUAAAGACUCCAACGCAUCUAGAGUUACAUUUCGGCUAAUUGCAUUUGAGACUGUGGUGUACUACACUGUGAAACUUUCUAUUUUCACUGGGAUUUAUAUGCAUUUAUUGUCAUUCUGCUGCUUUGGUUUGGGAGCUGAUAAACCAAAUAGAGAAGGAAAGUAGGAAGCUUAUGAGUGUCACUGUACUGUAUGAUCCUGUGGUGUUUCUCAUACAACGCUGUUUAGCACCCAGGUGGUUUUAAAUGAGAGUUGUGUAUGUUUUGCGAUAGAGUGCAGAAAAUGAAGGUUGGGAGUUAUCUCAUUUAAAAACAAUCACUGUAUGUUGCUGUAAGUUUUCUCAAUCUACAGAUUUGUAUUAAUACAGCAGUAGCAGCAGGAGGUGGGUUGGGAUGAUGUGUGAGCUAUUCGUGGUUUCAUGUAUGUUUCAAAGUAGAAAACUGUCCACUGUGUUCACCACUGCAUUAUAUUCAGGGCCUGUUGUGCUUUAGAGCCAAAUACGACUUCAACUUUUGUACGCAUGAGGGCACUUUGUGUGUAUGUGUCUGUAUUUUUGUACUGUUUUGAAGUGCACAUCUUUUUCAGCAUUCAAACCAUUCUGUUGUAAGACUUUGGUCAGAAGCAAAUAUGCAACCCUAAAUUUAUUUAUUUCUCAAAAGGAGUCCGAUUACCUCGUGAUUGUGAGAUGGAGAACAAAAGUAUAGAAUGGUUCUUAACUCCAUGUCUUACACUGAGAAAAGCACUCUCCAGAUGUUCUGUUAAAUACAUCUCCCUUGUUCUUUUAGCCAUUUAAUACAUGGCUUUUACAAGAGGUUUUUAGCUGAAAUUGUUUUGCCUUUGCCACUGGUUGUGCAUUGCUUUCAUGCAAAAACAAAGUUACUUUCAUUAAAUCUCAUAUUUGGAAUACAUUUUUGCCCAAUAGUUUAUUCUUCAUCUACAAAAUGCAUCAAUUAGUAACAGAAGAGAUGAUUGUCAAAUGACAAUGGUAAGUGCAAUAAAACUGUAUUCAUAAGUCAGUGUAAUGUAGAAGCCAUUUUUGUUUUGUCUGUUUUAGUGCAUUUAAUUAAUCAUCAAAUAAACAUUGCUUAAUUUGAAUGAAUGCAUUUGUAGCCAAACCUGAAAACCAAAACUAAAUAAAAAACUUUUACAACUCUU